GGCGGGGCCGCGCGGCAGGAACGCGGGGGUCGCGCUCGGUUGGCCCCGCGGCGGUCGCCGGCCUCUCCGCAGCCCGGGAGCCGCGAGCGCAGCCGGCCAGAAGGGAUCUCAUGCAAAUUCAAGGCACUAGGCAUUCACCCAUCAUUCCUGGAGUGGAGGCAGUCAUUUCCCUGGCUGUGGGGAAAUAGGAGGUGAAUUGUGUGUCCUCCUAGCAGCCUUCAAUUAAACUCAGACUGCCAUAGAUCAAACAACAGAACAGAUGGAUAAUGGAGACUGGGGAUAUAUGAUGACUGAUCCAGUCACAAUAAAUGUGGGUGGACACUUGUAUACAACAUCCCUCACCACUCUAACGAGAUAUCCCGAUUCAAUGCUUGGGGCCAUGUUCGGGGGAGACUUCCCCACUGCCAGGGACUCUCAGGGCAAUUACUUCAUUGACCGAGAUGGACCACUUUUCCGGUAUGUUCUUAACUUUUUAAGGACUUCAGAGUUGACUUUGCCACUGGACUUCAAGGAAUUUGACUUGCUUCGAAAAGAAGCAGAUUUUUAUCAAAUUGAACCCCUAAUCCAGUGUCUUAAUGACCCCAAGCCUUUGUAUCCUGUGGAUACCUUUGAGGAAGUAGUGGAGCUGUCCAGCACACGGAAACUUUCCAAAUACUCCAAUCCAGUGGCAGUAAUCAUAACUCAGUUAACCAUCACAACUAAGGUCCAUUCAUUACUGGAAGGCAUUUCAAACCACUUUACCAAGUGGAAUAAGCACAUGAUGGACACAAGAGACUGCCAAGUUUCCUUUACUUUUGGGCCAUGUGAUUACCACCAGGAAGUUUCCCUCAGAGUCCAUCUGAUGGAGUACAUUACAAAACAAGGUUUCUCUAUCAGAAAUACAAGAGUUCACCAUAUGAGCGAGCGGGCCAAUGAAAAUACAGUGGAGCACAACUGGACUUUCUGUAGACUGGCUCGGAAAACGGAUGACUGAUGUAUGACUCCACAGAUGUCAUUUCAGUGAUUACACACAACUUCCUGGAACAGCAUACCUGAGAGAAUCUGGUUUUGACUAAAGCAACAGCAUGGGCUUUUUUAUGAGACUAUUAAUAACCAUUAAGGACUGGAGAAGUUACAUGCUUUAGCAAAUCCGUUUUUUGUCUUGUCCAGAAAAAGAUAUGCAUGUGCCUGUUCACACCGUUAAGACACUUUUUUUUUUUUUUUUUUAAAGAGGGGGUCUUAAAUAUCAGUAUGGUAGGACAUUUUAUGUCAGCUUUUUCGACCUAAAGUGCUAACUUCACCUAUUUAAAUGGUCUCUAAUCCAUUUAAUGCUAAAACACUCAGAGUAAAGAACAAACAGGAUUUAAGAUGCAGAUGGGGGAAAGGCUAGCAUCAUGUAAACUAACCUAGUUUCUAAAUCAAUAAACAGUAUUGUAAUAUUUUAGGAAAACAAAUCCUACCCUUCUAAAGUACUUGUUAAGUAUGGCUUUUUACAGUUAUGACAACUGUUUUUCUAUGCAUAUAAAUCAAGCAACCAAAUAUCUGUAGCCAUGAAAAUGUGAUUAGAAAUAUUUAUACUGGAUUCUGAAUGCAAAAUAUCCCUGUGGUAGAAUUCAUACUUUUAAUGCCUGGUGCAAUAUUAUUCCCAAGUGUAAUGCCUGCCAGCAAGAAGCUAAUAAAAAUGUCAAAUAUCGAAAUAAAGCUUGUAUUUUUUGUC